AACUGGGGGGGGGGGGGUUGUAGGUUUCACAGAGCAACCAUGGGUCAGCAUCUUCACAGAGCAAUCAUGGGUCAGCUGGUUUGUCUGUCUGCACUUCUAAGGGCGAGUGCCCUGCGCUCUGAAAACUAGCCUCACAAAUCCCCAGGGCCAGGGGACCUACAGGCCUGCCACAAGUGAGCACACUAGGAGAGAGUGUCACACACAGACACACACACACAUGCCUCACUAAGGAGCACCUUGAAUGAGAACUCGCAUAAGGUGCCCAAAGCAGAAAGACCUGGGGGAGUGGACCCCCCUGUUGUAUUUCAGUGUGCUAUUUAUUGAUUGAUUUAUUGUAUUUCUAGCAGUAGGAGCAAAUAAUAACGCCCCCCCUCGCCCCCCCAGAAGGGUUUUAUCAGCCCAGGCUCUCUGCUGGCAUGCUGCCUCAGAGCACUUUGCUGACUCACACAGGCUCAGUCCAGGCAUGGGUGGUGGCAGUUUUUAGAUAAAUGGUUUAAAGGGAGCUAUCAAGGCCUGGCCAGACUUGAUUCAGUAUAUCCCUUGCCAACACCCUUUGGCCAUUGUGUGGCCUCCUGGGGCCUGAUCCUGCCAGCCAUUAUGCGUAUGAAAACCGAUGUAGGGGAGUAGCUGCCAUCAGGUUCCCCCGCUCUCUGCUUGUGUGUGAAGUUAUUCACAUAUAUAAGCAUUCGCAGGACCUGUAGGCUGUAAAUAAAUGCAAAGUAAUGCACGUUGGAAAACAUAAUCCCCACUGUGCAUAUAAAAAGAUGGGGUCCAAAUUAGCUGUUACCAUGCAAGAAAGAGAUCUCAGAGUCAUGGCAGAUAGUUCUCUGAAAACAUGUGCUCUAUGUGUAAGAACAGUCAAAAAAGUGAACAGAGUUUUAGAACCAUUCGGGAAGGGAUAGAUAAUAAGACACAAAAUAUCAUAUUGCCUCUGGAUAAAUCCAUUGGAUUUCCAAAACCUUGAAUACUGCGUGCAGAUGUGGUUACCCCAUUUAAAAAAAAAAGAUCUAUUGGAAUUGGAAAAGGUUCAGAAAAGAGCAAAAAAAAAAUUAUUAGGGGUCUGGAACAGCUUCCAUAUGAGGAGAGAUUCAUAAAACUUGGACUGUUCGGCUUGGAAAAACGAUGACUAAGGGGGGAUAUAAUAGAAGUCUAUAAAAUCAUGAUGGGUGUGGGAAAAGUAAAUCAGGAAGUGUUAUUUAGUCCUUCUCAUAACAGAAGAAUUAGGGGUCACUCAAUGAAAUUAAUAGGCUGUAUGUUUAAAACACACAAAAGGAAGUAUUUCUUCCCAUAACGCACAGUCAACCUGUGGAACUCCUUGCCAGAGGAAGUUGCUACGGCCAAGACUAUAACAGUCUUUAAAAGAGAACUACAUAAGUUCAUGGAGGACAGGUCCAUUGGUGGCUAUUAGUCAGGAUGGGCAGGGAUAGUGUCCCUAGCCUCUGUUUGCCAGAAGCUGGGGAUGGGCUACAGAGGAUGGAUCACUUGAUGAUUCCCUGUUCUGUUCAUUCCCUCUGGGGCACCUGGCACUGGCCACUGUCAGAAGAUAGGACACUGGGCUAAAGGGAAUUAGUCUGACCCAGUAUGGCCUUUCUUAUGUAACCUGGCAUGAGAGUGGGACAGCACUUUCCUUCCUGGCUGCACAGGGCCUGCUGCUUUCAGGUGAAUAACCAUGAGAGUAACAGAGACAUUCUUUAUUGUCAAGGAGAACUGGAAAGAACAAAGGAAAAUGGAAUCCUAUAGCAGCAACAUGCAAUGGAUACUCCCCUCCCCACCCCCACCUCCCGCCAACCUCCUUCCCACUACCAAAGCUGCAUCUGCAAAGGACCCCUCACUCGUCACCAUGGUGCACUGGACAGCCGAAGAGAAGCAGCUCAUUACCAGCCUGUGGGGCAAGGUCAAUGUGGAGGAAUGCGGCGGCGAAGCCCUGGCCAGGCUGCUGAUCGUCUACCCCUGGACCCAGAGGUUUUUCUCUGCCUUCGGGAACCUCUCCAGCCCCACCGCCAUUAUGGGCAACCCCAAGGUCCGUGCCCACGGCAAGAAGGUGCUGACCUCCUUUGGGGACGCCGUGAAGAACCUGGACAACAUCAAGGCCACGUACGCCAAACUGAGUGAGCUGCACUGCAACAAGCUGCAUGUAGAUCCCGAGAACUUCCGGCUCCUGGGUGACAUCCUCAUCAUCGUCCUGGCCACCCGCUUUGCGAAGGAGUUCACCCCUGCCUGCCAGGCUGCCUGGCAGAAGCUGGCCAGCGUGGUGGCCCACGCACUGGCCCACCAGUACCACUGAGCCCUCGGCAGGGACCCGCAGGGCAGAGAGAGCUUGCUUCGUUCCAGGCCCCUCCGCACCCUGGAGGCUGGCAGGCUGUAACAGUCAAAUAAAAUCCUUGCACUGCAGCCUU